GGCGCCAUCACCUUCUGGGACGUAGUUCAUUUAGACUGAAGAUCCGGGCGGAAACAGCGGGUAGGCAGGUGCGGCCGGACAGAGCCCAGGUUGCUUUACAAAACCUCUUGGGGAAUCCCGAGAGCGAGUCAAGUCAGAGUUGGGUUUUGCUCCGCCUCGCAUGGGAAGACUCCGCUUGUGAGGAUCGGUCACUCCUUUACUGCUGAAACCUCGGGGCUGCUUCUCAGCUUGCCAGUUAGCUGAGUAGGCUGCGGAGCGGGACCUCUGGCCAGUCACCAUGUGGGCCUUCCCCGAGGUGCCGAUUCCGCUUCUGGUGAAUUUGAUCGUCUCGCUGUUGGGAUUUGUGGCCACGCUCACCCUCAUCCCGGCCUUCCGUGGCCACUUUAUCGCUGCGCGCCUCUGUGGCCAGGACCUCAAUAAAACCAACCGGCAGCAGAUCCCAGAAUCCCAGGGAGUCAUCAGCGGUGCUGUUUUCCUCAUCAUCCUGUUCUGCUUCAUCCCCUUCCCCUUCUUGAAUUGCUUUGUGGAGGAGCAGUGUAAGGCAUUCCCCCACCAUGAAUUUGUGGCCCUGAUAGGUGCCCUCCUUGCCAUCUGCUGCAUGAUUUUCUUGGGCUUCGCGGAUGAUGUCCUGAAUCUACGCUGGCGCCAUAAGCUGCUGCUGCCCACAGCUGCCUCCCUGCCUCUUCUUAUGGUCUAUUUUACCAACUUUGGCAACACAACAAUUGUGGUACCCAAGCCCCUCCGCCCAAUUCUUGGCCUGCAUCUGGACUUGGGGAUCCUGUACUAUGUCUAUAUGGGGCUCCUGGCAGUGUUCUGUACCAAUGCCAUUAAUAUCCUAGCAGGAAUUAAUGGCCUAGAGGCUGGCCAGUCGCUAGUCAUCUCUGCUUCCAUCAUUGUCUUCAACCUGGUAGAGCUGGAAGGUGAUUAUCGGGAUGAUCAUGUCUUUUCCCUCUACUUCAUGAUACCAUUUUUUUUCACUACCUUGGGAUUGCUCUACCAUAACUGGUACCCAUCGCGGGUGUUUGUGGGAGACACCUUCUGUUACUUUGCUGGCAUGACCUUUGCCGUGGUAGGCAUCUUGGGACACUUCAGCAAGACCAUGCUACUCUUCUUCAUGCCACAGGUGUUCAACUUCCUCUACUCACUGCCUCAGCUCCUGCAUAUCAUUCCCUGCCCUCGCCACCGUAUACCCAGACUCAAUACCAAGACAGGCAAACUGGAGAUGAGCUAUUCCAAGUUCAAGACCAACAGCCUCUCUCUCUUGGGCACCUUUAUUUUAAAGGUAGCAGAGAGACUCCAGCUAGUGACAGUGCGCCAGAGUGAGGAUGGGGAUGGUACCUUCACUGAGUGUAACAACAUGACCCUCAUCAACUUGCUACUUAAAAUCUUUGGGCCCAUACAUGAAAGGAACCUCACACUGUUCCUGCUGCUGCUACAGAUACUGGGCAGUGCUGUCACCUUUUCCAUUCGGUACCAGCUUGUCCGACUCUUCUAUGAUGUUUGAGUUCCUGAAGAUUGCCCUUUAGCACACCACUCCAGGGGUCCUAACUGGGGCCAGCCUGUUUGGUCACUGAGUAGGCCUCUCCCAAUCUUUACUCUCCUCCAGGUUUUAUUCCCAGCAUUUUCCUUUUCCUGUGAUUAUUGACAUUCGGGGCCUUAUUUGUCCUCCAGUGACCUUUUUUUUGUGAUACCGGGAAUUGAACUCAGGACUUUGUGCUUACAAGGCAGGUGCAGAACCACUGAGCUAAAUCCCCAACCUCCUCCAGUGACUAUUAAUUGGACUUUACCUAUGGCCUUCAAGUUGCCACUCUCCCUCUCCAUCAAGCCUAAGGCGGGAUGUAGCAGCUUCUAUGCAGAUAUCCACAACUCAGCUUUCAGAGUCCUAACCCUCAAGGAAUAUGCUGGGCCUUGAGGUAAAACCUGGGCUAGGGCUAGGACACUGGCUCAAAGGUGACUUGACAUUUGAAUGUAAAUUAAGUGUUCUGAUUGGGAAGACAGAAGGAGAGCCCGAUGGUGACAAUAAAGUGUUACCUUUUUCUUGUUGUUCCUGUAGGUGAAUUUCCUAUAUGAGCAUUUUAAGAUAGAUUGGGAGAGCUGGUGGAGGUUCUUUUUCCAAGGAUGUCUAUCUCUGCCCUAGCAGACCCCUUUUAGCAAGAAGUGAGAAGAACUGAGCCAUGUGUGGUGGUGCACACCUGUAAACCCAGCAUUCAGGAGGAUGAGGC